AUGAAUUCUCUUUUAAAACUUGAUAGUGGAACAUUAUCGUUAAAAGCAGAUAGUUCUUUUCGCAGGUGCAUUGAAAUUUCUCAGCAGUACUUGUUUGGAGCAAAUGAAUCUAUAGUAGACAAGAUUUUUGAAGUUGCAGAUGAUCUUAGCAAAAUCAACAAUUUUCCUGUUAUUAAGUUUUUAAACAGUCUUACUCCAUCGGGAAUGCCUGUUCAUUGCCUAAAGCUAAAAAUUGGAGCUGUUAUAAUGUUACUUCGAAAUUUUAAUCUUAAAGCUGGACUUUGCAAUGGUACCCGAUUGAUGGUGCGUGCUCUACAAAACAAUUACAUUGAUGGGCAAGUUCUAACAUGUGUUUCAUUUGGCAAGAGGGUAUUUGUUCCUCGAGUUCAGUUAACACAAUCUAAUUCGAAUUUACUUUUUACUCUUAAACGUCGUCAGUUUUAUGUUUAUGAAAAUGAUUCUUUACUUUCAUACUAUUUGACAAAAAGUAAAAUUUUUGAUGAAAAAGAUACUUUAACUAUUAAUUCUUAA